AUGAUCCCAAGGCCAUGGCUAGUCUGGCUAGCGUGCAUACUCGCAUGCAGCACACGAGUCCAGGCACUCUACUUCUACCUUCAGGCAGGCGAGCAAAAGUGUUUCCUCGAAGAUUUGCCAAAUCACACGAUCGUCGUCGGCAAUUACAAGGCCGAAGAAUGGUCGGACGAACGACAGGCUUUCCACAUGAACGAGGCGCUGGGAAUCCAAGUGACCGUUGAGGAUCUAGAGACCAAGGAGAUGGUCGUCAACACUCGCGGGAUACCUCACGGCAAGUUUACCUUUACCUCGCACGAUGCAGGCGACCAUCAGAUCUGCUUGCGUACAAAUGCUUCGGUCAGCUGGCUCGUCUCCAAUCCACGGGUGAGGCUCUCGCUCGACAUAGCCAUCGGGCAAUCGAAAGUGGAUGAGCAAGAUGAGAAAGACCACGUACACGAUCUUGCUGCCAAAGUCAGAGAUCUCAACAAGCGUCUCGAGGAUAUCAGGAACGAGCAACAGUUCCAACGAGAACGGGAGCACGAGUUCCGCAGUCUCAGCGAGAUCGCCAACUCUCGCGCGGUCUGGUGGAGUCUGUUCCAGAUGGUCGUCCUCUUUGCUACUUGCGCCUGGCAACUUCGCCACUUACGAACCUUUUUCACGAACAAAAAGCUCGUAUAG